UAUGUUUUUCUGCGGGUGCUGGAAGGGGGAAGGUCCCGCGUUUCAAGUUUCUUGCCGCGAAGUUUUUCUUUUUUUUUUUUUUUUUUUAAUUAUUUUUUAAAUUUUUUUUAUUUCCCCCCCCGCCCAAGCUGUGGUUGAGCGAGCGGCCGCCCCAGCGCGGGCAGCCCGGCGGGGCCGUGUGUGUGGCCACGGCCGCCGCCCCGGGCAGGCGCCCACGGCCGCGCUCCGCAGAGCGGGGCAUGCCUGGGCUGCGGGGCGAGGCGGCGCCGGGGGCGGCAGCGCGGGGCCGCCCUCCUCAGCCCGCCCCGAGCAGGUGAGGCGGGGAGCCGAGGCGGAGUGCGGGCGGGUCCCAGCGGCUGCGCCCGCCCUGCCCCUGAGAGCCGACCUGCGCUCACCCGGCUGCCGGCAUGGAAGGACGCGUUCAGCAGGCGGCUGCCCCGCCGCCCUCCGGAAGAAAAUCUAAAGCACCGCCUCCUCCAUCCGAAACAAAACCUGUUGCUGUUUCUCCAUUUGACGCAGAAUCAGCCAACCUCAUCAUGGAGCAGAAAGAGAAUGUAAUUGAUAAAGACAUUGAGCUAUCAGUGGUGCUGCCAGGAGAUGUGAUCAAAUAUACUACAGUUAAUGGCAGGAAGCCCAUGAUGGACUUGCUGAUCUUUCUCUGUGCACAGUAUCAUUUAAAUCCAUCAAGUUAUACUAUAGAAUUGGUAUCAGCAGAAAAUAGCCAGAUUAAAUUCAAACCCAACACACCAGUGGGGAUGCUUGAAGUGGAAAAGGUGUUUGUAAAGCCAAAACAAAUGGAUAAGAAGAAACCUGCUCCAGUUAUACCAGAGCAAACAGUAAGGGUAGUGAUAAACUACAAGAAGACACAGAAGACAGUAGUAAGAGUUAGUCCACAUUCACCCCUUCAAGAGCUCAUACCGAUUAUAUGUAGUAAAUGUGAGUUCGAUCCUUCACACACUCUGCUGUUGAAGAAUUACCAGUCUCAAGAACCCCUUGAUGUGACAAAAUCUCUUAAUGACCUUGGAUUAAGAGAAUUAUAUGCUAUGGAUAUCAGUCGAGCCACAUCACCAGUUGAUUUAAAUUUACCGUCUUUGCAAGACUCUUACCAAUCUGAAAACUUAGAUGGUCUGAAAGAGAAAGAAAACAAAGGGUUUUUCAGCUUUUUUCAACGAAGUAAGAAGAAAAGAGAACAAACUGCCAGUGCCCCAGCAACUCCAUUGAUGAGCAAGCCAAGGCCAACAUUUAUCAUGAGAUCCAACACUGUGAGCAAGCAGUAUGAUUCAAACACUCUGCCAGCUGAAAUGCCGAAGAAACGGAGAGCUCCUUUACCACCUUUGCCAAAUUCUCAGAGUGCUCCCCAGGAACUUGCACAAGCCCAAGUCAGACCAGCAUCUGGUACUGUGAGGUCUAACAGCCUAGAUAGGAAUGAACAGGCCCCUCUAGGAUUGGUCCGGACAGGUUCCCUGGCGCUCAGUGACACUGCUGCUGUCAGCUCCUCUCUGCGGAGGAUGAAGCGCAAAGCGCCCUCACCACCCGCCAGAGCACCAGAACAGCAAAGUGACAGCAGCAAUCAGACUGUAACAGAGUCAACAGAAUCAGCACCUACUAAAGUGGAAGAAAGAGCCACUGAAAUGCAGUCUGAAACAGGUGUAAGGAGCUCAGAAUACAACCUGGGAGAAAUUGAUGAAAAGGAAGAGAUAAGUGUGCAACGGAGAGAGGGCAGUGAAAGUACAAACUACUCUCUCGGGACAGGAGAGGUUACUGCAGCCUUCAGCUCUGCUGAGGUGCCACUGGAAACUGAAAAAAAUUACCUUGCUUCAUCAGCUCCAGUUCCCAGCAGUGUUUCUGUAGACAACUCUCAAAGCUUCCAGGAAGAAAAACAAGAAAAUGUGAGCACAGAUGGCAAAGGACUACAGACUGAGAUAAGCAAUGAGCAGGCUGCAUUUGAAAAAGACAGGAAGCUUGGAAUUUUGGAUGAAAAGAAAAUAAAUGAUCACAGUGAGCCAAAAUUCCUUCCCACAACAGAAGAAGGGAAAGAACUUCAGACAGUUGAAAUUAAAGCAGGAGAUUUUAAAGAAAAUAACAAGCUUGAAGUUGACAGACUGUCAAACUGCCAGCCAUGUAAAAAUGACAUCUCUGGAAGUCACAGGAAUUAUCCUCAGCUGAUUCCAGAAAAGCAAAAUCAGAAGACUAAUCAAACCAGCUUGGACACAGUAAAAACUCAGGAUGUUGCAAUUCAGGCAGGCCCACUGGAUAGCAAUUUGGGAAGGACUGCACAGAAAGAAAUUACUGUGCCUGGAGAUUGUGAAUCAUCCACAUUCAGAGGACUGGUCCCUCAAUACAGCACAGAUACAAACAACCCACUUCAAGUGAGGCACAGAAUACAAGAGGAUGAAGAUACUCAAACAGAACAAAAUAUUGAGAGACAAGAAGUUACCCAUGAAAAAGUAAUGCCUGUAAGAGAGCAAAGUCACAUCUGUAUGAAUGGCAGUAAUUUUGCUCCACCAGACACAACUCUAAAAUCUCCAGAGGGCUCUCCUGUAAGGGGUUACCCUCUUUAUAGACAGGACACCAAGCCUAAACCCAAGCCCUCUAAUGAAAUUACAAGAGAUUACAUACCAAAAAUUGGGAUGACUACUUAUAAAAUUGUGCCUCCAAAAUCCUUAGAAAUAAUGAAGAGUUGGGAAUCAGAAAUUCCAUCAGAUUAUAAGGAUCAAGAGGUAUCUACUUUGGAAAACUCUCUGAAGCAUGAAGAUCCUAAAGAAUUCAUGGUGCAAGCUAAAAUUCCUCAUCUUCCAAAAAAUGGGGAUCACUUACAGACGGGUUCACAAAAUGAACCUGUGGCAGCAAAUGAUCUGCUGCACAGAGUGAACAGCAUUUCGAAACAAGUUUUGAUGACUGGAGCUGAGAUUACUACUGAGAGCAACUGGAUGGAAACAGUGUCUUCCAAACAGCGUGUCCCACUGCUGAGCUUGGAUAAUACAAAUGCUUCUUCUGAGACUCAAGACAAGUCAAAUGCACUAAGUCCUACAAUAAAGCCUAGUUCUUUUUAUCUGCAGAUGCAACGAAGAGCUUCAGGUCACUAUGUGACAUCUGCAAUUGCGAGAAGUACUGUUUGUGCUCCUAAUUCCAUUCAAAAUGAAGCUAAAAAUGCAGAGAUGGGAAACAAAAUCUCAUCACCUGAUCCAGCUUAUUUGUCUUUACAUAAAAUAAAUGCUUCCUCUCCUCCAGCAGAUGAAGAUAAAGUUGAUGAAAAAAGAGUUGAAUCCUCCACUUCUCCUGUUACAAGCAAUAAACCUUCAAGUUUUCCUUCCUGUCCAGAAGCACCAUUGAACCUAAGAACCCUAAGAACUUUUGCAGUUCCAAAGCCAUACUCCAGUUCGAGACCAUCCCCUUUUGCUCUUGCUGUCUCAUCUGCAGUCAAAAGGUCCCAGUCAUUCAAUAAGACGCGUACAAUCACUAGCCAGGCACCGAGAGAGGCGUUUCCCGUUGAACUAUCCUCUGCCGCUUCAGCAGCUGAAUUUUCCUCGGCUACUUCUGUGCCUCAAGUGAAAAAUCCUUCCUUAGAAACUGUAACAGGAGGGCCACAGAAUAGUCUAAUGGAUAAGAAAGCCAGCAAUGUGAGUAGUGAGCAGAAGAGUGAGAUGCUAUCAGGUGCUUCCACAGACCGCUCAGCCCCUGUCACUAAAAGACAAACUAUGGUGACCCUUCAGCGCUCUGACCCAGAACAGAUCCACCAGAGCUUGAUGGCUGCAAUCCGCUCUGGAGAAGCUGCUGCCAGAUUGAAAAGGGUCGGUCCUCCAUCAAACACCAUAUCUGUCAAUGGAAGAGCCAGGCUUGCACCUUUGUAUUCCACAGAAGCAAAAGCUAAUCACUAGAUAUUAUACCAAAUAUUUUGCACUUUACUACUGCUUCAUACGCCAAGUUAAUACUAACUAAAAUGUUUUGAAAGUGUAAAUGCAAGUUUAUGUUAAUAUAUUUUUUGUCAAUUGUUAUAGGAAUUUCAAGCUGGGUUCUUUGAUGCCUUGGAAAUAUUAUUAGAAUAUGUAAAUUACGGUAAUGUUUUGCCUUUUUCUCUUUAUAAAUGCUGACUAUGCUGCUAAAAGAUUUCAGAGAAGGUGCAGAUGAGCUUUGCUUAUGUUAGAAUGAGAUUCAAAUAUUCUUGAUUUUAGCCUUCAAGACUGAACAAUAUGUAGCACUAUGCUGAAAUUACAGAUUUAAAGCAACCUAAGAAUUUUAGAUAAUUAAUUUUCAAUUGUAUAUUACUUUAACAGAUUGUAUGAAUUUAAAUCUACCACAUGCUGCCUCCAUAUUACUUUAUUAAUUUAAAUUUGUAACUAGCAGAAAUCUUAACUAUAUGCAAUACUUUAUUUCUCUUUUAAAAUAAUGAUGUUUUUGUUCCUUCAGCUGAGAGUAGUUGGGAUAAGUAUUUUGAUAUUUUUUUUUUAUCUCCUUUGAUUUUUUUUUUCCUGGUUGCACACACAAAAAAAAAACCCCAGGACAUAAAUUAUUGGAAAUUUUUGUAUUACUUAAAAACUUUUCUUAACAGCAGCACUACACAAUAUUGCUCAUCUACUCUUUGACUACCUGUAUAUAAUAUUUACUGAGCACUCAGAUAAGCAAUACUUUUGUGAACUAGAUCUAUUUUAGUCAUCAGCAUAGAGUCACUUACUGAUAAAAUGCAAAUUCCAGUUUUGAUAAUUAAAUAUAAGAAAAUUUUUUUCACUGGAAGUAUGACUAAAGAAUUAACUGCUUUGGAUUUAUUAAUGUAAAAUAUUUUAAUCUUAAAACAGCACAAUAACACACUUACAAAGCAUUCUAGUGUCUGAAACGGUCUAUUUAUAGAUUAAGCAUUAAAUACCAAAAUGGGAAUAUAUGUAUUACAAAAAAAAAAAAGCUUCAUAUUACAUUUUAUCUGUUUUCUAUUUCUUGUCAAGGUUAUACAUUUUGGGGAGGGGGUAGAAAUAUGAUCACACUCAUGAUGAAAUAGCUAGAUUAUGGAUGCAUGCAGCAAGUGCUGGGGUAUUUGCCAUAUUAAAAUAUUUUCUUCCUGGACUUGAUUUAAAUCAAAUAAUUGUAUUUUGUUUCAAUUCUUUAACAAUAUAUUUAUUUUGUGCUUUAGAGACAUUCUGUAACUCAGUUUCAGAAACUGAUCUAUAUGUGCAUUUCAAAGGGUUAUUAAUGGUUUGCUGCCAGGUUUUUGUGCAAUAAUCUCAGAGGUCUCAUUACUUUUCUAGUACAGAGUCAAUUAUUGAUUACAAAUAACAGUGUUAACUUAAUGCUGAAACCCUUCAAGGAACAUUUUGGUAAAUAAAAUUCAUAAAGAGCUGAUGAACAUUU